AUGAACUACACACAGUUUUCAUAUUUCAAACUUGUUGCCUACGUUGACUCCAGGCUGGUAAACUACGUCUUUUUCACCAUUCUGACGUCCUUAUACAUGAUGAUUCUUUGCUCCAACCUCCUGCUGAUUGUGGUUAUCUGUGUGAACAGAAGCUUACAUGAACCUAUGUACAUGUUUCUGUGCAGCCUGUUUGUAAAUGAACUGUAUGGUAGUACAGGGUUGUUUCCAUUGCUGCUGCUUCAGAUCCUCUCUGACAUUCACACUGUCUCUGCUUCAGCUUGUUUCCUGCAGAUUUUCUGUGUGUACUCUUACGUCUGUGUGGAAUUUUUCAACUUGGCCGUCAUGUCUUAUGACAGAUAUCUGGCCAUCUGUUAUCCUCUGCAGUAUAACACUCGUAUGACAUUGAAAAAGGUCGCUGUGCUCAUUGCUAUGAUUUGGUUACCUGCUCUCCUGAUAGUUGUCUGCACAACGUUGUUGAGUUCGUCUUUAACGCUGUGUGGGAACGUCAUCAACAAAGUGUACUGUGAGAACUUCUCUAUCGUCAAACUGGCGUGCUCCAGCAGCUUGGCCUUAAACAUUUAUGGACUCUUCGUCAGUGCCGUCGCAGUCUUUACUCCUCUGGUUUUUAUCUUUUACACUUACAUUCGGAUUCUUUACGUCUGUUUCUCUGGCUGUAAACAGACGAGACAGAAAGCCGUCAGCACCUGCACACCUCACCUCGCCUCUCUGCUCAACUUCUCCUUCGGGGUUUGUUGUGAGGUGUUGCAGAGCAGGUUUGACAUGAGCAAUGUUCCCAACAUAUUACGAAUAUUUUUAUCAUUAUACUUCCUCACGUGUCAGCCGCUCUUUAACCCCGUACUGUACGGACUGAAAAUAACCAAAAUACGUGUCAUAUGUAAAAAUCUGUUUCUGCUCUGA